UAACUUUGGAAAUGACAUAAAUAAGCCGAUUUUUAGAAAUUAGUGUGAAGCAAAAGCGCAUGGUAUGUAAUUCAACCCAAAGAACGUAUGUGGGCGCAUUUGAUUGCUUAAGCACGCAUAAGUGCUUCGCGUAGUAUGUAACUUCAACUUUAAAAAGGUGGUCUCACGCAAACAGCUCUUAACAGCCGGCCGGGUUUAACAGUAUUUAGAUGUCAGAUUUUUAUUUACAUUCUCUUUGUUGUUAUCGUCUUUCUCGCAUAUUCUCCGCUCAUGCACACAAAUUUGAACACACGCACACAAAUUUGUUUGCGUGUGUUAGCAAAACGACGAUCAGUUUUUUGAGACCACCUUUGUUUCGCCAUGAAUCGACACGAGCACACGAUGAGUAAGAUAAUAACGUGCCGUAUAAACUGCCUAUAAGUUAAUCCAGCGCAUCACGUAACAUCUGAUUUACUACUUUUGCAUACAACUAUGUGAAAGAACCGUUAGAUGCCGCAUUUCAAUAUAAUAAAUAUAGGGUUAAUAUGCGAAUUUGAGUAAUUGAUUAAAAAUAAAUAGAAAUGUUCGAAAAUUCGUAUUAUAGCCACAACAAUACGUUUAGGUCACCAACUAUUCCCAUCAUACGGGCACAUGAGACUUUACCGAUUGCCUUUGGUUCUAAUAGCUCACAUUCCCAUUCCAAACAAGAAGAGAAGAAGGUUAAUAAUAACAACUUGAUAUGUGAGUAUUUGGACGAUAUUUUCCUGUCCUUAAAGGAAGCAGAAUUAAGGCGUCGCACUAUAUGGUUUCGCUCUCAACAAAUUGAAUGCCGUCCAGCACUGAUUCAGUCAAUGAAAUCUGCUUCGGAAAAACACAAUCUCGCCAGAACUACUUUACACUUGGUUCAAUUUGUACUUUUUUUAGCAACUUACUUACUUGAUGGCUUCAUGGAUAAGUAUAUAAUACGUUCGGACAAAUUAAAUCUUUCCGCCGUAGCUUGCCUUCUGCUGGCGGCAAAAAUUGAAGAGGCUGACAUGGAUAUGCCAAAAUUUGAUGAUCUGAAUAAAUUGAUGGAUGAAGAAAAUGGCUAUAGCUUAAAAGAUUUCAAAAAUGUCGAAAAAAAAGUGCUGGACACUUUUGAAUUCGAUAUUAUACGACCGACAGCGGCUACGUUUGCUGAAUAUUUUGCCAACAGUAUUUUAAUUUUGCAAGACUUUCAUAUGUUCCGUAACCACUGGUAUAACGAGAUGGCUCUAGAUCAUCUUCACUACAAUCACCCGUUGACCAUAUCCAAACCGCAAAGAGAACCAGAUUGCAUAGCACCUACACGACACCUAGUCAUAUGUACCCCCUGUCCAUAUAGCACGUACGAAGAAAUGCUAAGUACAGUCGGUCAAACGUAUUUUCAAUUAAUAGACGUUUCUUUAAACUAUUUGAAGUUUGCUAAUGAUCGGCCAUCCAUUAUUGCCGCAUCAUGUAUAGCGGCAGCGCGACAACUUCACGGCAUCUUUCCCAUAUGGUCACCAUAUCUUAUUAAAUUAACUUCCUACACAGCAGAUAUUAUAUCGCCACUUGUCGAAAAUAUUUUAGCAAUUUACCGUUUGCACUGCAAAAGUGAAAAUUUGCAGUAUUGUCAAGCACCAACUACACCCGUCAAUAAUGGAACUUCCACUUACGUCAACGUUUUGUGCGGCAGUUCGGAUUCUGGCCAUAUAUCAGAAAGUGAUAUAAAGUCUAUGAAAUCUGAUAUGGAAGACGACAUCGACAAUUGCGAUAAAGAUUUAGCAAUCACGGAUACAGAAGAUGAUUCACCCUUCCACUGUCUUGAAUAUUCGUUAUUGCCAAAAAGAAGACGCCUGUUCUAAUAUAUCCAAGCG